AUGGCUUUCAUCCAAAUCCUAAUCCUUGCUGCCGUAUUGUUCUGGUUCGCCCAACUUCGCAAGCUUUCUGUCAACUACCGCAAUGCUCGAAAGACCGGGCUCCGUGUUAUUUGCGCACCUCUAGAUCCCUACAGCCUCUCCUUCCAGGUGCUAACAGGCCUCUUCCGCCCAGUUAUAAUGCAAUUACCUGAUUUCUUGACACUUGGGAUUAAAGUCAUGGACUUCGAGUGGUCGUGGAAAGCGGGCGACACGGUUCAUAAAGAGCUCGGACUUAAUUUCAUCAUUGCUACUCCUUCAGGGAAUGUUCUAGUCACAGCAGAUCCAGUGGCACUUGCUUAUAUGCUACAGAGAAGAAAGGAGUUUAUAAAGCCGGACCUUUACAGCGAAUUGAAUGUUGGAGUUGACGAGUAUUCAGAAAUUAUGGAUAUCUUUGGCCGGAACGUAGAUACUGUCAACGGCGAGGAGUGGGCUCGCCAGCGCAAACUCACAGCUCCAUGCUUCAACGAACGUGUUUCUGGUCUCGUUUGGGAUGAAUCCCUACGACAAGCACGGUCAAUGCUCUCAUCCUGGCUUUCGUCUCCUGAUAACAAAGUCUCCAAUAUGCCAGAUGACACGCGAACUGUAGCGCUCCAUGUUCUUUCCGCUGCAGGCCUCGGCAUCUCUCACGACUUUUCUGCAGGUAUGGGGAAGCCAGCUAAGAACCAUAGCAUGUCCCACCGCGAGUCUUUGAUGACAAUCUUGCAUAACUUGGUCACGGUCCUGCUUGUCUCGCAGAUGGGGGACUUGGCUCCGCUGCUUCCGAAAAAACUUCAGAAUAUCCGACUUGCUAUUAAAGAGUUCGGGCAAUAUAUGGAUGAAAUGAUUGCCCAUGAGCGGGAUGCCAUGGAGAAAGACCAAGGCCUGUCCAAACCCAAUCUGAUCAGCACACUAAUCCGAACUUCUGACCAAUCCAAAGACGAAGGUGUUAACUCUACUGUGAGGUUGACGGAUGAAGAGAUCAAAGGCAAUAUCUUCAUCUUCAACUUUGCUGGACAUGAUACUACCGCAAAUACGUUGGCUUACGCGAUUUCCCUCUUGGCUGUGUAUCCCGAGAUUCAAGAGUGGGUUGCUGAGGAAGUGGAUCAAGUGCUGGGAAAGGAGGACUAUCCGAUAUAUGAGGAGGCGUAUCCAAAAUUGAAGCGGGUGCAGGCCGUUAUGUACGAAACCCUCCGCCUUUAUGGCCCGGCGCCUCUAGUUCCCCGCGGCAUCCUCAACCCUAAUACACCAAUCCACCUCACCAACCCAAAUGACCCCUUAACCCCAACCAUUAUCAUCCCACCACCCAACACUCAAAUCUCCCUGAAUUACCACGGCUCCCACACAUCAUCCUCCGUCUUCCCUACCCCACAGUCUUUCACCCCUAGCCGUUGGAUCCAAGCAAACGAACACCUGAACGACGAAGUUCUACUUCCUGCCCCUCUUGGUUACCAAGCGUGGUCUCUUGGCCCGAGAGUCUGCCCGGGCAUGAAGUUUUCUCAGGUUGAGUUCACGGCGGUGUUGGCUACUGUGUUGAGAGGUAGUCGUGUGGAACCGAGUACGGAGUCUAAUCCGAAAGGGAAGAAGGUAGCGGACCUGGAGGUCUGUAGAAAGGAGGUGUUAGCGCUAGUCCGGGAUUCGGGGCUUUUUGGUGGAACGUUGAGUAUGCGGAAGCCCGGAGAUUUGUGCUUGAAGAUCGUGGGAAGAUAGG